CGCCCUGCCCGCGCCCGCGCCCCGCGCUCCGGAGCCCGGCCCCGCCGCCCGGGCUCUCCUGCGGGACCGAUGCCGGCCCUCCGGCCGCCAGGAGAACGUGGAAGGCCCCUCAGGCAGCCUGGCCCCUCCCGGGGGAGAUGCUGGAGGGCUGUUGGCCUGCCGCCGUGCUGCUGAACAGCAUGCAGUCCUUCCGGGAGCAGAGCAGCUACCACGGAAACCAGCAGAGCUACCCGCAGGAGGCACACAGCUCAUCCCGGGUAGAGGAGUUCAGCCCUCGGCAGGCCCAGAUGUUCCAGAAUUUUGGGGGUGCAGGCGGUGGCAGUGGAGGCAGUGGCAGCAGCGGUGGUGGUGGUGGACGGCGAGGAACAGCAGCCGCUGCAGCCGCGAUGGCGAGUGAGACAUCUGGCCACCAAGGCUACCAGGGCUUCCGGAAAGAGCCCGGGGACUUUUACUACAUGGCAGGCAGCAAAGACCCCGUGGCCUCUGGAACCCCGCAGCCUCCGCAGCGAAGGCCUUCAGGGCCUGUGCAGAGCUACGGACCUCCCCAGGGAAGCAGUUUUGGCAAUCAGUACGGGAGCGAAGGUCACGUGGGCCAGUUUCAGGCCCAGCACUCUGCCCUGGGUGGUGUGUCUCAUUAUCAGCAGGAUUACACGGGGCCUUUCUCCCCGGGGAGCGCUCAGUACCAGCAGCAGGCGUCCGGCCAGCAGCAGCAAGUGCAGCAGCUGAGACAACAGCUUUACCAGUCCCAUCAGCCUCUGCCGCAAGCCACUGGCCAGCCUGCGUCCGGCUCCUCGCAUCUGCAGCCGAUGCAGCGGCCGUCCACUCUGCCCUCCUCUGCCGCUGGCUACCAGUUAAGAGUGGGUCAGUUUGCCCAGCACUACCAGUCUUCUGCCGCCGCCUCCUCCUCCUCUUCCUCCUUCCCUUCCCCACAGCGCUUUAGCCAGUCCGGGCAGAGCUACGACGGCAGUUACAGCGUCAAUGCUGGAUCCCAGUAUGAAGGCCAUAACGUGGGCUCCAAUGCCCAGGCCUACGGGACCCAGUCCAAUUACAGCUACCAGCCGCCGUCGAUGAAAAAUUUCGAGCAAGCAAAGAUUCCACAAGGGACCCAGCAGGGCCAGCAGCAGCAGCAGCAGCAGCAACAACAACAACAGCAGCAGCAGCAGCAGCAACAGCAGCAGCAGCAGCAGCAGCAGCAGCAGCAGCAGCAGCAACAGCAGCAGCAGCAGCAGCAGCAGCAGCACCCCCCGCAGCAUGUGAUGCAGUAUUCCAAUGCUGCCACCAAGCUCCCCCUGCAGAGCCAGGUGGGCCAGUACAACCAGCCCGAGGUGCCGGUGAGGUCACCCAUGCAGUUUCACCAGAACUUCAGCCCCAUCUCCAACCCUUCCCCAGCCGCCUCUGUGGUCCAGUCUCCCAGCUGCAGCUCUACCCCUUCUCCUCUGAUGCAGAGCGGGGAGAACCUGCAGUGUGGGCAAGGCAGUGUGCCCAUGGGCUCCAGAAACAGAAUCCUACAGCUGAUGCCGCAGCUCAGCCCCACCCCGUCCGUGAUGCCCAGUCCUAAUUCUCAUGCUUCGGGCUUCAAAGGGUUUGGACUGGAAGGGGUGUCGGAAAAGCGACUGACAGACCCCGGGUUGAGUAGUUUGAGUGCUCUGAGUACACAGGUGGCCAAUCUUCCCAAUACCGUCCAGCACAUGCUGCUCUCCGACGCCCUGACCCCGCAGAAGAAGACCUCCAAGAGGCCCUCCUCUUCUUCCAAGAAGGACAGCUGCACCAACUCCGAAGGCUCCUCGCAGCCCGGGGAGCAGCUUAAGUCCCCAAUGGCAGAGUCACUGGACGGCGGCUGCUCCAGCAGCUCGGAGGAUCAAGGCGAGAGAGUGCGGCAGCUGAGUGGCCAGAGCACCAGCUCCGACACCACCUACAAGGGUGGCACCUCUGAGAAAGCUGGCUCUUCGCCAGCGCAGGGGGCUCAGAAUGAAGCCCCCCGGCUCAGUGGCAGCCCUGCAGCCAGGGAAGAGGCUGCCUCCCCAGGUGCUAAGGACACGCCGUCGUCCUCUGAGGGCAAUCCAAAAGUCAACGAGAAGUCAGUCGGGGUCAUUGUCUCCCGAGAAGCUAUGACAAGUCGGCCAGAAAAGCCUGGUGGCCAGGAUAAAGGCUCUCAAGAUGACGAUCCCGCGGUCGCCCAGAGGCCCCCCAGCACUGGCGCGGCCAAAGAAACCGGCCACACAGCGGCUGCGCAGCCGGAGCCUGCAGCCACGGGGAGCAAAGGAAGCAAGAACGGAGACAGUAACUCCAACCACAACGGGGAGGGCAAUGGCCAGGGCGGGCACCCUGCCGUGGGCCCUGGCUUCAUAGGUCGAACCGAGCCCAGCAAAUCUCCUGGAAGCCUGCGUUACAGUUACAAAGACACUUUUGGGUCUGGCAUGCCGAGAAAUGUCAGUGGCUUCCCUCAGUAUCCCACCGGACAAGAUAAGGGGGACUUCGCUGGGCACGGGGAGCGGAAAAGUAGAAACGAGAAGUUCCCCAGCCUCCUGCAGGAAGUGCUCCAGGGGUACCACCACCACCCCGACAGGAGAUACUCCAGGAGUACUCAGGAGCAUCAGGGCAUGGCUGGGGGCCUAGACGGUGCCUCGAGGCCUAAUGUCUUAGUUAGUCAAACCAAUGAAUUAGCUAGCAGGGGCCUUUUGAACAAAAGCAUCGGGUCCUUAUUAGAAAACCCCCACUGGGGCCCCUGGGAAAGGAAGUCGAGCAGCUCAGCUCCUGAUAUGAAGCAGAUCAACCUGGCUGACUAUCCCAUCCCCAGGAAGUUCGAGAUAGAGUCCCAGUCUUCCGCCCACGAGCCUGGGGGUUCCCUCUCAGAGAGGCGAUCAGUGAUCUGUGAUAUAUCUCCACUCAGACAGAUUGUCAGGGACCCGGGGGCUCACUCCCUGGGACACAUGGGUGCUGACACCAGAAUGGGAAGGAAUGAACGUCUCAAUCCGAGUUUAAGUCAGUCAGUCAUUCUUCCAGGUGGGUUGGUAACCAUGGAAACAAAGCUGAAGGCUCAGAGCGGGCAGAUAAAAGAGGAGGACUUUGAGCAGUCCAAAUCCCAAGCGAGUUUCAACAACAAGAAAUCCGGAGACCACUGCCACCCUGCCAGCAUCAAGCACGAGUCCUACCGGGGUGGCGCUGGCCCCGGAGCAGCCACCCACGAUGCCCUUUCCGACUAUGGCCCCCAAGACAGCAGACCCAUGCCCAUGCGGCGGGUCCCCGGUCGAGUUGGCCGAGAGGGCAUGAGGGGUCGGUCCCCUUCUCAGUAUCACGACUUUUCCGAAAAGUUGAAACUGUCCCCUGGCAGGAGCAGAGGCCCCGGGGGAGACCCGCACCACAUGAACCCACACAUGACCUUCUCCGAGCGGGCCAACCGGAGUUCCUUACACGCUCCCUUUGCGCCCAACUCGGAGAGCUUGGCCUCCGCCUACCACGCCAACGCUCGGGCUCACGCUUACGGGGACCCCGGCGCGAGCUUGAACUCACAGCUCCAUUACAAGAGGCAGAUGUACCAGCAGCAGCAGGAGGAGUAUAAGGACUGGGGCAGCAGCUCUGCCCAGGGCGUCCUCGCCGCCCAGCACAGGCAGGAGGCGCCACGCAAGAGCCCUAGGCAGCAGCAGUUUCUCGACCGAGUCCGGAGCCCUCUGAAGAACGAUAAAGACGGGAUGAUGUACGGCCCACCCAUGGGGACGUACCAUGACCCCAGCGGGCAGGAAGGGGGCCGCUGCCUCAUGUCUAGCGACGGUCUGUCUAACAAAGGCCUUGACUUGAAGCACAGCGCCCAGAAGCUACAGCAGGAAUCCUGCUGGGAUCUUUCUCGGCAAACUGCUCCGGCCAAAAGCAGUGGCCCGCCCGGGAUGAGCAACCAGAAGAGGUACGGGCCCCCCCACGAGAGCGACGGGCACGGGCUGGCUGAGUCCGCGCAGGCAUCCAAGGCUAGCAACGUCAUGCUGAGACUGCCGGGCCAAGAGGACCAUUCUUCCCAGAACCCUUUAAUCAUGAGGAGGCGCGUCCGAUCUUUCAUCUCCCCCAUUCCCAGCAAGAGACAGUCCCAGGACGUGAAGAACACCAACACUGAGGACAGAGGGCGCCUCCUCCACCCCUCCAAAGAAGGCGCCGAGAAGGCGUUCAAUUCCUACGCCCACCUUUCCCACAGUCAGGACCUCAGAUCUGUUGCGAAGAGAGAAUCCGCCAAGGACCUCCCCAGCCCAGACAGUAGAAACUGCCCUGCCGUUACCCUCACCAGCCCUGCCAAGACCAAAAUCCUGCCCCCACGGAAAGGCCGAGGACUGAAACUGGAAGCUAUCGUGCAGAAGAUCACGUCUCCCAACAUCCGGAGAAGUGCCUCCUCGAACAGUGCCGAGGCCGGGGCGGACGCCGUCACUCUCGACGACAUACUGUCUCUGAAGAGCGGCCCGCCCGAAGGUGGCAGUGUUGCCGCCCAGGAGGCCGAGAUGGAGAAAAGGAAGGGAGAGGUGACAUCGGACCUGGGCUGUCCAGCAAGUCAAGAGCUGAACGUGGAAAAACCUCUGGCGAGGUCUUCAGAGGAGUGGCGCGGUAGCGGGGACAACCAAGUGAAAACCGAGACCCUCCCGGAAACGGUUACUGUGGGGAAGGAGCCCCCUGGAGCCGUGACAACUGCAACCUCACAGAAGCCUGGGAGUAACCAGGGGAGACCAGAUGGCUCCCUGGCUGGGACGGCACCUUUAAUCUUCCCUGACUCAAAGAAUGUAACUCCGGCGGGCGUGCUGGCCACUGAGGCGAGCUCCAAGGCCGAAGAGAAGGAGAGCGAUACGGUGACAAUUUCCCCCAAACAGGAGGGCUUCCCCCCGAAGGGAUAUUUCCCCUCGGGAAAGAAGAAGGGGCGGCCCAUCGGGAGCGUGAACAAGCAGAAGAAGCAGCAGCAGCAGCAGCAGCCGCCACCUCCUCCCCCUCAGCCCCCUCAGAUACCAGAAGGUUCUGCAGAUGGAGAGCCCAAGCCAAAAAAGCAGAGGCAAAGGAGGGAGCGAAGGAAGCCUGGGGCGCAGCCCAGGAAGCGGAAAACCAAACAAGCAGUUCCCAUCGUAGAACCCCAAGAACCCGAGAUCAAACUGAAGUACGCCACCCAGCCGUUGGAUAAAACCGAUGCCAAGAACAAGUCUUUUUUCCCGUAUAUCCAUGUAGUAAAUAAGUGUGAACUUGGAGCCGUUUGUACAAUCAUCAACGCUGAGGAAGAAGAACAGACCAAAUUGGUGAGGGGUCGGAAGGGGCAGAGGUCGCUCACCCCUCCUCCCAGCAGCGCCGAGAGCAAGGCGCUCCCGGCCUCCUCCUUUAUGCUGCAGGGACCUGUCGUGACAGAGUCUUCUGUCAUGGGACACCUGGUGUGCUGUCUGUGUGGCAAGUGGGCCAGCUACCGGAACAUGGGCGACCUCUUUGGACCCUUCUACCCCCAAGAUUAUGCAGCCACUCUCCCGAAGAACCCGCCUCCCAAGAGGGCCACAGAAAUGCAGAGCAAAGUUAAGGUACGGCACAAAAGCGCUUCGAAUGGCUCCAAGACGGACACUGAGGAGGAGGAAGAGCAGAAGGAGCAGAAGGAGCAGAGGAGCCUGGCAGCCCACCCCAGGUUUAAGCGGCGACAUCGCUCCGAAGACUGUUCCGGAGGCCCUCGGUCCCUGUCCCGGGGCCUUCCUUGUAAAAAAGCAUCUGCCGAGGGCAGCAGCGAGAAGACUGUUUCAGACUCAAAGCCCCCCAUGCCCUCGACUUCAGAAGGCGGCCCCGAGCUGGAGUUACAAAUUCCUGAACUACCUCUUGACAGCAAUGAAUUUUGGGUCCACGAGGGUUGUAUUCUCUGGGCCAAUGGAAUCUACCUGGUCUGUGGCAGGCUGUAUGGCCUGCAGGAAGCGCUGGAAAUAGCCAGAGAGAUGAAAUGUUCCCACUGCCAGGAGGCAGGCGCCACGCUGGGCUGUUACAACAAAGGCUGCUCCUUCCGCUACCAUUACCCGUGUGCCAUCGACGCAGAUUGUUUGCUCCAUGAGGAGAACUUCUCGGUGAGGUGCCGCAAGCACAAGCCUCCCCUGCCGUGCCCGCUGCCCCCCUUGCAGAACAAGACAGCGAAAGGCAGCCUCAGCACAGAGCAGUCGGAGCGGGGGUGAGGGGGGCGGUGUGCGCAGGGGAGUGAAAGCACAGCACGCACAGGUAAGACUGUGGAGAUGACCAGGUGGUGGACACCCCGAUGGAUGGAACCGGCUCUGCUGGCAGCCCCACCCCGCCCCCGCGCCAGCUCUUCCUCAGCUCCCAUCACACGCACCCGAGACACCCCAGGAAAGAAAGACCCAAGAAGUUGGAGUGGCUGUUUCCAUGGACACAAUCUCCAUAGUGACAAUGUGGGGGGAGGGGGGAGGGGAAGGGGGGUGACAGGGAGGGAUAAAAUAUAUAUAUAUAAAUCUAUUUUUAGUCUGGAAAGACUUUGUUUAAAUGAAAGGUGCGCUAUCCCUUUUGAUUCUAUUUUAAAAUUAUCUAGUUAACUCCAAAUUUGUUCCAAUAACAGUGAAAUUUAAAUGUGAAAUUGAACUGAAUAAGCUCAUCUCAUAAAGGACGAGGGUGUGGCUUUGUUCUGAGUCUGUCUCACACCAGUUCAGAACAUUCUAGAUCCAAGAUCAUAAAAGCCGACCAGCCACACCCUAACCACCCUCGGUCAUUCAUUUGUCUCAGAGUGGGAAGGUGGGUGGCGGGGGACGGUCCAUGUUUUCAAGUGUGUGGGAAAAUGAUGUUUCAACACAAAAAUAAAUUUUUUCAUUUCCAGAAACACUAUUUAUUAUUUUUAAGCUUUUUAUCUUUUGGAGGGGUGAAGUUGGCAGAUGCCUCAGGGUCACAACCAUGACUGGCGUCACUGAGCAUAGGGCCCGAGCGUCCACCCGGUAUGCAGGCAGGUCAGGGUGGCCACCUCGGGGUGGGGGGAGCCGGGUAGGGUUACAGACAGGAACCUGAGUGUGGAGGGUGCAGGGGUGUGGUGACCAGGAGCGCCAGAACCCCUUUUUUCCUUUUAGCUUUCAUCUUUAUGAAAAGGGGGCCUGUCAGUUGAGCAGCCCGUGCUACAUGAUUCUUUUAUGUUGUAUUGUUUUGUUUUGUAAAUUGUAUAAUUUUUAAAUAUCUGAGUUUUAAAAAAAUUUUUAAAAGUACAAAAAAAAUCUUGUUAAGGCCUUAAGAAGGGGUUAGUGCAUCUUUCAGGGGUCACUCUGCCGUGGGGAUAAAAUAGCUGUUUCACAAACAGUUUUAUUUAAAAAACAAAAAAAAAUUUUAAAAAAAAUAAACUUCAUUUUAACCUUG